AUGGAAACCUGGGAUCCCGUAUAUGCAACAGCGGCAUUGCUGCUCCCGUUGGCGGCAGCUAAGUGCAAGAAGUUCGACUUCACCGGCGAAUACGGCGCCGACGGGGCGACCGCCCCGUACAACGGGUCCUUCCCAGUCUCAUCCUUCGUCAACUGCACCGAGAGCCUCGCCAGCAGCGACGGCGGCAACGCCGACGGCUGCUCUUUCGAGCGCUACGCAAUGGGUCUAGUCGUGCACCCCGACGUCAUUUUCGUAGACGCCGAUGCCGAAACGCGCAAGAACAUCUUCUCGCUCGUGCGAGAGGGCGCUACCGGCGCCCUGGCGGCUUCCACCAACUUCAACUCUACCAUUGUCAUGAACUACACAGCGACCAACACCGAGGCGCCGCUGGGCAAGGCGGGGCAUUAUAGCUUUACGCCCUUUCUGGCCUGCUGGGACGGCGUGCUGUCCGAUUGCGGGGAUGGCGACGCGAUCGAAAACAAGACCGUGGAGGCCUGCGGCCUCGUAUGGAAAGAUGAUAAGCAGAGCGCCCUGCGUCUGGGCCAACAGCUGUACGAUGGCGACGAGAGGUUCGCGGAGGAUUCUGAGGCGUCGGACGGGAAGCCGCAGAAGGCGUAUGAUGAAGUUGCUGGACAGGCUACGGUGGAGACACUUGAUUCGGAGGGAGGAGCUGCUUCGCAUAUUCCAAGCGUCGGCUCUUUCGCCUUGACAGCUACUCUGAUGUGGUUUGGUUAUCUGGGAAUAUGGUAA